UUUUAUUUUGAAAGCCACGACCGGAAGUUGUGUUUGUAACUCGUGCUAACUUAACGGUUUGUCAGACUUUACGCGUUCCAGGCGGAGUUCAGAUCUUAAAACAUUUGGCCAACUUCUUCACCUCUCCACUUCUUCGUUCAGAUAUUUGGACUGAGAUACCUUCCCCCUGGCCCGCCUUGGAGGAGUAACAACUCGUGGAAUAACUGCAUUUUAAGACAUAUUUUCAUUUUUGAUAUCUUUCUGGGCUUUUUUCCCCCCACACUGUUUUGUCAUAGUGGAGGCGCUCCCAGGAUAGGGGACAGUUUUCUGGUUUAUUUUACGUUCCUAUUUUUUUCCUCGUCGGAAUUUGAGGGGGCACAUGCGAUGUCACGGACUAUUAAAAGAAGAAAGAAAUGUUUGUGAUUAGUUUUGCGCUCACCGUGCGAAAGUGUUAUUUGGCUUUAUUUUUUUUAACCAGUUGAGCAACUGGCGACAGGACUCUAUAAUCAAUGUGGUGUCAGCUGGAAGGACGCGGGGUCCGGAUCUCACCUAAACGCUGAUACGUCUUGGGAGUGAUGCACUGGCUUCCCCUGGUUGCCAUGGUGAUUGCCUCGGCCCUGCCCUUCCCUCACAACCCCGUGUCCAGGAUUGCUGCCGCGACGACAGAGCCUGGCUUCGACAACCGCAGAGAGCACCGUCAUGACCCGGUCGCUCGCCUCGCAGCUCCAACUGUGGACUACAACUUCCAUGGAAAUAACUCACAGGCGGACUUCAACACCAACAGACAAAACCUCCAGAACCGUAAGGAUUAUGUGAAAUCCUCGGCACAUGAAGAGACUUCCACGUUCAAAGUGGACAAUCAAGAAACCUACCAAUCAAAUGGCAACUCAGGCAGCGAUAACAGACGCAGUGACAGUUUGGAUGUUCCCGCAGGAGCAGGAACACUCAGGACCGAAGAUUUUUCUGAGGAUAAUUCUCUACCAAAGGACUACAGAGCUGACAGCAGCAGCAGCAGCAGCAGCAGCAGGCAAGAUUACACCAGUUUUGUGGACUUUUCCAAGAACGACAUCCUUCAGGACUCUACAGAUAGACCGUUGCAGGUUUCUGCAGCGGAUAUCCGUAAUGUCGUCAGUCCUGUUGCAAAUCUAAAGGGUCAAAGAGGACCAGAACCGACUGUUCCUUCGGAGCAGCUGAGAGAUACAUCAGCAAUCAGGACGGGGACACCCGGAGCUGAAGGAGGUCUGGAUGAGGAGAGCUUGACCCUAGAGGCAGGGCUGGGUCUGGGAACCGGGCUGGACAGCAUCCUAGAAGGAGACGAGAUGUUUCUGGACGCACAUCCACGAGUCCUGUUCUCACCAUCCCUGUCUCCUCCAGAACACCCCCCUCGCCUGCUCAUGUUGGAGACCGGCCUGCUGGAGGAGGACGGGGAUGGAGAGGAGCAGGAGGACAUGGACGGACACAUCGAGGGUCAUGGGGACCGGGCGAUCGACAGGGGCACGACUCUGAGUUGGGCAGAUUCUUCUAGAGUUAACAGUGAGGUUGCCCGUCCCGUUAAAAGGGAUAAACGCUCGCACUUGAUUGACAGGCGGAGAGGGGAAAAGUCGGUGUGCGAGACGGAAAGCAUUUGGGUCACCGACAAGAAGACUGCCAUCGACUCCCGUGGUAAUGUGGUCACCAUCUUGCAGGAAAUCCAAACCCAGACAGGACCACUCAAACAGUACUUCUAUGAGACUCGCUGUCGCCAGGCCGAGCAGCAGAGCAAUUCUAGCAGGUCGAGGGGUGCCGGCACGGCAGCAAAAUCCCCGGCGAUGGGCGUAGCCGGGGCAGGCUGCUUGGGCGUGGAUAAAAAACAGUGGUUGAGCGAAUGCAAAGCCAAGCAGUCGUUCGUACGAGCACUCACCAAAGAUGAAAACAACAGAACCGGAUGGAGGUGGAUCCGCAUCGACUCGUCCUGCGUCUGCGUGUUGCUGUCCAGAGCCAAUCAGGCACCGGGGAGGGAGGUCUUGGCGAGGAAGGGGAGAGCCUGAGAGAGAGAGAGAGAGAGGGAGAGAGGAGGGAGGGGGAUUGAGGGAGAUGGCAAGAAGUAGAAAGUGACACAGAGCAGAGCAGCUGUGACAUCCCUCUGUGUGCACUUUCACUCGCUUAAAAUGAUGGAAGUUAUUCCUGCCUUAAUCCACAGUUUUUCUCUCCUUUCUGAUCCCUCCAUCCACCACAGCUUCAAAUGACUUUUGAAAAAAACAAGAAGACCUCAAUACUAGCUCUAGGGAAAAUUGUCAUUUAUAGAGAUUUUACUUUGAAAAGUACUGUUUUUUGUUUUUGUAUGAUUUAUCUUUCAUAAUCUAAGUUAUUUUUGAUUAGUAUGUAAGCAUGUGUAUGUCUUUGAUAUUAAUAUAUUCCUUUACGUAUGUGUACAAUAUGACACCAGUAUACAUUUAUGUAUGAAGCUAUGUAUAUCUGUGUGUAUUUAUAGAAGAAGUGUCUAAUGAUAAUUCCAGCCUCUGGUCCAGUCGGGUUGUAAGAGGAAGGAGCGCCACCUACUGAGGCUCCAUUUUACUGCUCCACACUGUUCUCAUAUGGAUCACCAUGAAUGUUGUAACAGUGCUUUUAGAGUCCGAUGGGGAAAAUGUAUUUGAUACGCAAAUUAACAGCAUGGGCACAUUUUAGCAUGAUUUCAUUCAGGCUGAUGAUACAUCUCUGUCUGUGGCGCUUGUCAAAUGUGGUUAAUAUGACACCUAAAGAAGGUAGUUUUACCAGCUGCUGGUUUGUUCAGUUUGCCUGCCAAACAUGGUAAUAAAGGAUCUUUUUACUCAUUAAAUGCAGAAUUUAAUUACUCUUAAUUAGUACUCUGGGAUUUCUUUGAUAAAGAAAACUUUAUUUUUAAAAUUUUACUGCUGUAACCAGUUUCCUCUCAGAGAGCAGCAAAACAUGAAACUACAGCCACAUACAGAGGUGGACACAACUCCAUUACUUGAGUCAAAUACUCCUGGUCAAACAUUACUCCGAUACAAGUCAAAGAUGGUCAGUUAAAUUUUUACUUGGGUUAAAGUACUGGAGUACUUGCUUUUAAAAAUACUUUAAUAUUCAAACGUACAUUUUUUUUAAUGUCAACACAUUGUUGUAUUGUUCCUCUGUGCAUUUAUGGGACCUAAUGACUCUGAAACAACCUACUGGAUGUACUGACUUACUGAAGAACCUGUGGAAUAAAAAAAACCUGUUGAAUAUGCUACAAAGCCAAACAAAUGGCCAUAAGUAAUUUCAUCCAUAGCAUAAAAACAGCAACUACUACAAGCUGUCUGUUUAAAAGUUUAUCUGGAAUUAUAGGCACAUUACAUACCUCAACACUUUCUUAAGUUGGACAGCAGGUAUUUGUAGGCAGUGAUGACGUGUGUAUUUUAAAAGGAAAGGAAUCUUUAUCUCUAAAAUUUCAAACAUGGACUUAAGAUAAGGCCACUGGUGCUCUGGUGAAGAUAUUUCUGCCUCAUCUUCAUCAAAUGUAGCCACUCUUAGGACAAUGUCAAGUUCAAACUGAGCUGUUCAAAAAUGCAGCGAACACAACAUGACUGACAAUGGAGGAGCUGACUGUGAUGGUAUUUCCUGCUGUGAUAAACACAGCAUAUGGUCUAUCACAUUUUUCAAAAUAAAAGAAAUUUCAUUCCACUGACUAAAAGCUUUGCUUCAAAGUAACAAUAACUUCAUAGAAAUGUAGUGGAGAGUACAAUUUUUGUCUUUGAAGUGUAGUUGAGUAAAAGUCAUAAGUGUACGCAAGUAGAUAAAGUCCUGCAUGUUUUGUGUGUAAAAUCUGAACCAGCUAGUAGCUAUAGUGUAGCUGGCAAAUGACUGUAGUGGAAUAAAAAGGUCAAUAUAUCAUAACUGUAGUGGUGUAUAAUUUUAAAAUCCCGUAGAAUAGAAAUGCAAAUAUCUGUGAAUUGUAAUUGAGACGGUACUUGAAAAUUCCCACUAACACUGAACCUCUGCACAACGUUGACUCACUGCAGAGAGAGCAAGAAUAAAACAAAUCAAUAGGGAAAAUAAAUACUGAGAAAGUUUUGCGAUGAUCAGCAGAUCCACCUGGAUCGCUUUAUUUUUUUCUUUUACAUCACCAUUUUCAUUAUCAUCACCAUAAUCAUCGUCGUCAUCAUCAUUAUUGUUUAUUUUCCCAGAUGAUAUUUUCAGUUUGUAUUACUAUCACUUUAAUCAUGGAAAUCUGUUAAAUCAUUGCACAAUUUGUUCUCAAAAUGUACACAUACAGUAGCAUAUUUGAAUGACCAUUUUCAAUGUUUCAUAUUUACUUUUAAAACUAGUUCAAAUGAAGUCGAGAAGGAACGGAACAUGUACAUACAUUUAUCCAAUACAUACCUAAAGAAAAUAAAUAGUUAUCGUAAAAAAUAAAAAAUACAACUGAAAAAAAUACACACAUUUUACAAAUUGAUCCCCAGGCUCCCACCCCUGUAGGUUUAUCAUACAGAUAUAUAUUUUUUUUAACGACACCUCAUAUCACCUUCACCACCAAAAAAAUGUUUUUAGGUCAUUGUCGUUUGUUUGACAUGCAUCGUAAACACAGAGGCUAAAGGUUUUGUUUCCUGGGCUUCCUCGGGCUCGCCCCUCUCUUCCUGCCUCUCUCUGAUCUCACCCCCCAGAGAGCUCUUGGUUUCUGUUAUGGCUUGUGUGUGCAGUAAAAUGACCAGCUUCUGUCCAUCCUUUUGUUGGUUUUUUUUGUUGUUUUUUUACCUCCUCCCUUUGAGUCGCUGUUUUGUCUCUCUGUUGCCUCUCCCAUCAUAAGGAUUACCCAAGACCCUGAGCUGAUGAUUACAGGUCAUAAACCGCAGAGCGACGUCGUGGAGUGCUAGUGAGGAAUUUGAGUUUGAGUCAGGCUUCAAACAGAUGUCUUUCUCAAUAUAUUUAAAACUUAGGUACCGCUUUCCAGUGAGACAUACUUUACAAAGGGUUUAUAGUUUUUAAUUAAUGGGAUUUUGUAAAAACAAUACACAAUUUAUUCAUGUUUUAUUAAAUGUUUAAUAUACUGUAGAACUUUUGGGUUCCCAGGUUGUGAAAAAUCCAUUUUACUAGUGUAUGUUCUCAUAACUUGCAUUGUCUUCUUCACUAAUAUCCAUUUGUUACUAACUUAUUAAUAUUUCAAACUGUAACCAGGCGGGAUUACCUUAACUUACUAACCUUUCUCACCUCAGACCUAAUGGCUCAUCAAUGAGACUCAUGAGUCAUGCUACGGCCAUGCUAGUGACUUUGUGAGGCUGUAUUUGAGGACAUUGUUGCUAACUUACAGUGCUAACGUUAACAUGUUAGCAUUGUAAACCAAAGUAUCCAGUUCAAUCUGACAAUUUAACUUGAUGAUGGUGCUGGAUGAAAGGUCAGGGGAUCACCAAAGUUAUUACAAAUCAUCCUCAGGGGACCAUGAAUGCAUCGACCAAAUUUCAGGGAAAUCCAUCCAAUAGCUGCUGAGGUAUUUCAGACUGCAACAUGUCGCUAGCGUGGCUAAAAAGUAAAAAAUCAUGACUUUGCUGUCUACUAAGUCUCCACGUAUAAAUGUUAUGUAAUGAACAUUUUAAUUGUUAGUUGUUAAUUGUUUUUUUUACAGUGUUUGAAAAUUUACUCCAUCCAGCUGUGUUUCUCACAAUGUUGCCAUCCAAACCUUAGUAGCUGUUUACUUAUCUACAAAGCAUUAAUAAAUGAUAUACUCUAACGAUUCAGUCUUGCACUUUGAUAAAGAUUUUCUUAUUUUAUUUUUGGGCAUUUUUGCUUUUAUUGUGAUGGAGACAGUGAGAGAGAGACAGGAAGGAUGGGGAGAGAGAGGGGAUGACAUGCAGCAAAGGGUCAGGGGUCGGAUUCAAACCCAUGGCCGCUGCGGUUAGUGUGGUAUGUGCUCUACCAGGUGAGCCACCGGGGCGCCUGAAUGCACAGCUAUUUCUAACACCAUGCCUCUAGGUUAUAAUACAGGAUUUCUGUUGAAGUCUCAAACCCGAGGCGAGAUAUCCUCGAUGACAUCAAUGUGACAUCAUAAGUGUCAGUCCAGAACCACAGACACGUUAUUCAGCUGUUUCCACAGGCCGAGUAGUGCCCUCCAUGACGAGUUAACUGAACUCAUAGUGACCCUUUAACAUUGACAAAGCAAACUUUAAAAGAACGUAUGAACCCUUUGUAAAGAAGGCCUUUUCAGAAAGUGGCACCAACGCCAACUUUAUGGAUUACCUGCCACCAACAAAUAAAAUCAUUGAACACAAUGCCUCUGUAGCCUCGCUCCACCCUGUCCCAUCCAAACUCUGUGCCUUUGAUCUCUACAAUGGGCUCCCUUCACAAGAAAUUACUCAGCCUAUCGGUUUUCAAGGUGCCAAUUGACAAAGCUCCAGGAGGGUCCCUCUGAUGUGGUCGGAGAUAAAUGGCGGUCUCAAUUCGGACAUGUUUUACUACAACACUCCGACCAAUUGGGGACACUUGGACCCCCCUGACGGCACCAUAGCAGCCAACAAUGGAGCCACCGUGGCAGACACUGGACACCAGCCGCCUCAUGAGUAGAAAGGAGAACAUCGGUGUUGUUUAGAGUUGUAACACAUUUAUGUCCAUCUAGCCAUUUCCCCCCCAAUGAUUUUACAGUUUAAACAUCCUCUUAGUCCUCAUUAAAAAACAUCUGUUGCUGAGCAGAUGUUGUAAGGCGACACCUUUAGUUGUUUU